CUUCCUCACCGCCCUGCUCUCUGCCCCCAGGUCCGUUUCCGCCUGGCGCCACCCUCCCCAGUCCGGGCCCAGCCGCUGCCCGUCCCUGCCGUCCCGGGCGAGAAGCCCGCGGCGCCGCAGGACCUGGGUGCGCCCGCGCCGCACAGCAGCCUGGCUCUGAGCCUCGAACUGCAGGCUGCGCGGGCCGCAGCCGCGGGCCAGUUCGACGCCGCGAAGGCCGUGGAGGAACAGCUGAGAAAAUCAUUCCAGACCCGCUGUCUCCUGGAGGAGAGCGUGGCCGAGGGACUGAACGUGCCGCGCUCCAAGCGGCUUUUCCGCGACCUGGUGAGCCUGCAGGUGCCCGAGGAGCAGGUUCUGAGCGCGGCGCUGAGGGAGAGGUUGGCGCUCCUGCCCCCGCAGGCCCGAGCCCCGCCUCCCAAGGAGCCCCCUGGGCCAGGGCCGGACAUGACUAUGCUGUGUGACCCAGAAACAUUAUUUUAUGAAUUUCCACACCUGACCCUGGACAGUCUGCCCGCUCUCCGCCUUCAGCUCCGGCCCCGCCCUUCAGAGGAUACCUUCCUCAUGCAUCGAACACUAAGGCGAUGGGAAGUGUAGGCCAGGAGGCGCCCAGGAUUGCUUGUAUUUUUGUGUUGAAAGUAACAUAAUAAAGUGGUUUUGCUAACAAA